UGCCUUCUGCACCAUGGCGACAGGGACGCUAAACUCUCUACCGCUGUAUUGUUGCUACUGUUUAGUUUUUCUAAUAAAUCCAUAUUAUUGCCAGCAGUUUUCUAUUUCUUUUUUGCAACCGACCGAUUGUGGGGUCCAACAACUGUUCGACAUUUCCAGCCUGACCUGUGUGAAAUGCGGACCGAACCAAGUCAGCAGUAAAUCAGGCUUGAGCUGUGAGUGUCAGAAGGGUUUCAAGAUCCUGAGCAGCAACGGAGGGUCCAUUACCUGCCAAAAGUGCGCAGAUCCUAAAUCGGGCGUUACACAAGAUGGAUACGAAUGUAUCAGUUGUCCAGGCGGACUGGGGGAGGAUGGGAGGUGCCAGUGUCCUGGAGGCAGUGUUCUGGUGGAAAGAAACGUGAAUGGCAUCCCUCUCCAAGAAGCCCUGUGUGAGUUUUGUAAUGGAACAGAUCCAGCAUUUUCUUCCCCAGACACAAAAGGCAACAGAUGUGUGAGAUGCCAGGAAUCCUUCAUCAGCACAUCUCAGUCCUGUGAAUGUGGCUCUAACUAUAUGGCUGGAGGGAUGUGUUUCCCUCCCAGCAAUCUGCCCUCACAAGUUCAGACUACAAUUAAUUUUGCUCAAUUGGGUUUGGCUGUGGUUUCCUCCUGGCUUGUUAGCUUCCUGUAUUCUUCUGCAGCUGCCUGUCUGUUGUUCACUAAUCGGACAGCAUGCCAGGCUCUGGGGAAUAUGUGUGUGAUGAACAUGCACUCCUCAAGCAGUAUAAGCAACGAUGCCUGUGGCCUUUUCAACACCAUCUACAGAGCAACAGCAGCGCAAGGCAACAACCAGGACAACCCCUACUGGAGGUCUAACCUGCCCUGGCUGUAUUAUGGAGAACAGCCUGGAUUGGCAUCAAGAGUAUUGCAAACUGAGCCGCUGCCUGUAGGCUUUAGUUUUAAAGGCGCAAAUAAGAACACAAACAUAGGGUUGCUGGCUGCAGUAUACACAGUACAAGGAGAGUUCCUUAGAUGGGAGAAUCUUGGCAGAAAAUACCUGCAGCUUUGUCCAGACACCAUAACCAGACUGCAGGCUGCUUACACGUUUGGGACGGCAUACAAGCAAAACUGUGUCCUUUCAGUGUCGGAUCUCUUGGCUGCGUAUCCGGAGCCUCUGUUUUAUGAUAUCUUCAUGGCGCAGCAGAACAGCGCGGGAGAUACACGACUCGUCCCUGUGCCUAUUCUCAAUCUCAAUCUGCAGUUAAACAGCCAGUUUAUCAACCAAGCCUCUAACAUGAAUAGCUGGUACCUGACGCGAAGGCUGCUGGUCGUAGACACUUUAAGCGGCAGAGAAAUGAGUGUGACCCCCAGAGUUAUUCGUGUGGCCAAUAACUUAAAACUUAGGUUUCAGCUGGUUCCAAAUACCCAGAAUGGACAGGUGUACCCUCCUCUGGUGACUGUGUCCUAUACUGAUAUUCUCAUCACUGACCAGGCCAAGCAAACUGUAGCUGUAUCAUUCUCUUUGGAGUAUGAAAUGGAUCAGAACGAUGCUCAAGUUAAAACCGAUAUUGCUCUUGGUGUGUUGGGUGGAGUAGCAGUUGUGUACUCUUUGUUGAAGACAGCAAGCUGGAAGAGAAGAAUCGCCUCCCCUAUUGUUGACGUAAAGACCAUUUUGAAGUUCUUGCUGUUCUACGCCGGAGAUUUGGCAAACAUUUUCUUUUUCAUCACUAUGGGAACUGGUCUGUACUGGCUAAUUUUUUAUAAGGCACAGCAGUUUGUAUCUGUACUGUUGCCAUUACCAGCUGAAGAGGACCGUUUUGUGAUAUACGUUGGCUGCGCUUUUGCACUAAAGGCUGUGCAGUUUCUUCACGAGUUGUGGUUGCAGAUGUCAGUGGAUAUAUUCUUUAUAGACUGGGAAAGACCUCGCAGCAGCAAGUCCAGUAAACCUGUAGAAGGGUGUGGUGAAGGAAAGAGCGCAGCACCUACAGUCAGCAUCUGGAGAACGUAUUUUGUGGCGAAUGAAUGGAACGAGAUCCAGACCAUCCGUAAAAUCAACCCAACCUUCCAAAUCAUCUCUGUGCUCUUCUUCCUGGAGGUAGUGAGUUUUUCCAGCCUUGCUUUGAGAGAUCCUUCUUCGGAGCUUCAGCGGAAUACAGAGGAAUACAUACCUGACUACAGCCGCAUUCUGCGCUACGGUGUGGCAGCUGCUAUGUGGCUCAGCAUUGGAUUCAUUCAGAUCAUCUUCUUCUCAGUUUUCUACGAUCGCUUUGUGGAAGAUAAGAUUCGCCAGUUCGUGGAUCUCUGCUCCAUCAGCAACGUAUCGGUGCUGUUGCUUUCUCUGCGCUGUUUCGGCUACUACAUCCACGGCCGGUCUGUUCAUGGCCACGCCGACACGAACAUGGAGGAGAUGAACUUGAACCUGAAGAAAGAAGCUGAGAAUCUAUGCGGCCAGAGAGGACUGGCACCUAAUUCUGACAUUCAGACUUUUCAGAUCUCCAUUACAAGUCGUCUGAGGGCGCAGUAUGAUCGCAUAUUGGAGCCUCUCAACAGAAGUAAUGGGCCCUCGCGAUUGAUCGAUGCCUCGCCAAACCCUUUCGAGCAGAACACAAGAGCCUAUCACACCAUGAACCGCUUUCUCGCCUCCGUUAUCGACCAUGGUCAUCGUGAGAUGGAUUAUAUUGUAAAAGAUAAACUUCUCUUCGAAAGAGUCAUCGGAAUGGAGUUCAUUGAACCGCUCGACAAAAGCAUUUUUUAUAAUGAUGAUUCCCACUCCUUCGCAGAGGUGCUUUUCUACGGGAACGAGGCGACGCUCUUGAUCUUUGACACACUCUUUUUCUGUGUCGUCGAUCUUGGAAGCCAGAACUACAUUCUUGCAGCUGUAUUAACAUAUGUACAGCAACUGAUCUUCAGGCUGAUUCGAAAUGUCUCAGGACGCAGGAACCUAGCCAGAAAAACUCUGGUUGACAAACGAUUCCUCAUUUAAAUUAUUUAGCAGUUCUUUUCUGUUCAGCAUUUUUUUAAGCCAAUUUGAUUGUAGCAAAUACUUUAUAAUUUUCAUUCUCAAAGCAAGUUGUUGUUUGAUUUCUUCAUGUUUUUAAUGGAUUUGUUAGGAUUGGAUUUGAUUUGUAUGUUUUUUUAAGGGUAUUUUUUGUAUAGUUGUUAGUUUGUUAAUUCUUAUUAAUACAUGCCUCUGUAUAGCUGAUGAAAGCCAGUGUUUUUCUACAUCACUGAUGACUGUAUUGAUUGUAUGACAUUAUUUAGAAGUAAAAACCGUGAAAAUGCA